AUGGACGACUCAAACUCCACCACCACCAACACCAAUGCCACUGGCGCCACCGCCAACACCAAUGACACGUCCAUUGCCACCACCACCUCCGCCAGCACCAAUGACGAGAACAAUGGCGACAAUGUCGAGGACAGUAUUCCCCUGGAAACUAUAUGGCUGAUGAAGUGCCCUCUGACGGUGUCUCGCUUCUUUCAGCAAUCUCCUUCCUCUGACGCUCUUCUUCUUCGGUUGGUCCCGUCGCUAAGGUCACUGUCUCCAUCGAUCCUCGGCUUCCCAAUGACGACUUAUCUUCCACUGAGGCCGGUUACAAUGGAAUUGGCUCUCACUGAAUCUGGAAAUACACCAAGAGACCUUUCUGUGGAGGGGAAAAUUAAGCAAAAAUUGAACAUGAAGCCUCGUGACAACAUUGAGGAGUAUGGAAAACUCACUAGGGAACGAACAAACGAAUCUAAGGCUGGAAUCAAACAGAUACAGGAUAAGAAGAAAAUGAAAGUGAAGGGAUCAGAGAUGAGAAGAAAAAGAAUGGACCCUGAAGAGAUGAAAAAGAUUAUGCUUAAACUUUUUGACAGGCAGCCAAAUUGGACUCAAAAUCAACUGGUCCAAGAGACAAACCAACCUAAAGUUACAAUGGAAUUGGCUCUCACUGAAUCUGGAAAUACACCAAGAGACCUUUCUGUGGAGGGGAAAAUUAAGCAAAAAUUGAACAUGAAGCCUCGUGACAACAUUGAGGAGUAUGGAAAACUCACUAGGGAACGAACAAACGAAUCUAAGGCUGGAAUCAAACAGAUACAGGAUAAGAAGAAAAUGAAAGUGAAGGGAUCAGAGAUGAGAAGAAAAAGAAUGGACCCUGAAGAGAUGAAAAAGAUUAUGCUUAAACUUUUUGACAGGCAGCCAAAUUGGACUCAAAAUCAACUGGUCCAAGAGACAAACCAACCUAAAGGAUUUGUGAAAGAGAUGCUUGACGAGCUAUGUAUCUACAAUAACAAUGGUGCCAAAGGAACAUAUGAGAUGAAGCCUACCAGAGAUCUGGAGAAAAACCGGAUUCUUCAUACGUCCGAAGGUCAUCCAGCUGUGAAAGCAAUGGAAUUUUUCUAUAGGGACACAACUGGGAACUCUUUACCUUCUCACCAGGACAUUGCAAGAUGUCCAUUUUUGCGGAACAUUAGUGAGCCAACUAAUUUUUCGUUGUCAUCUGCGGCUUUUCCGAUGCCGGUAGGUGAAGCCAAGGGCCCUAUAUUCGAGGAUGGUCCCAAUUUUGAAAUUUCAUUCAGGCUUUUCCAUGGGCAGAAUGGCGUUGUCCCACUUUCUGGGAGAUCAUUCUUUCAUCGUGAGAAGUUGGAGUCUGAACCGGAAGCACCACAGUUCAAUCCUUUAGCUGCAAAAGCAGCUACAAUCAGUCUCUCAGCUUUCGGGCCGGGAGGACCCUUUGGGUUUGAUGCAUUUUCUGAGAAGAGGAAGAAUCAGAGAAAAUCUAAAUCAUCUAAGAAGGAGUCUUCUUCACAGGGAGGAGACUCAAAGCACGAAGCGAUGAGCAACGAGUGGUUGCAAAAGGGGAACUGUCCGAUCGCCAAAUCAUACCGAGCAGUGAGUCAUGUCCUGCCACUUGUGGCAAAGGCUCUGCAGCCCCCUCCUGGCAUGAAACUCAUGUGCCCCCCAGCAGUAGUCGCUGCCAGAGCAGCUCUAGCAAAAACUGCCUUUGCAAAAAACCUCCGGCCCCAAUCUUUGCCCACAAAAGUACUUGUGAUUGGGGUAUUGGGCAUGGCAGCAAAUGUUCCUUUAGGUAUAUGGAGAGAGCACACGGAGAAAUUCUCAGUUUCAUGGUUUGCAGCUGUCCAUGCGGCUGUUCCAUUUAUAGGCAUGCUUAGGAAGUCUGUGUUGAUGCCCAAAACAGCCAUGGCAUUCACCAUUGCAGCAUCUAUUCUCGGGCAGGUUAUUGGCUCUAGAGCAGAGCGAUAUCGACUGAAAGCUGUUGCAGCCAGAUCCGAUCAGCCAGGAGUGGUUGGAGUUGAUGGACAGUGUGGCGAAAUUGUUGAGUGGAACACGUUUCCUCUCCAUGUAGCAGGGCCACCCUCAUCGACUGAAGUGUGUGGCUGA